GACAUAAAACUUUAGUUUCGAUGUGCUGCGUGACAAAUACACGUGCCAGGACGGUGCCACCUUUGUGUCAGUGUUGCGGUGGUGUUUCUGAAGUGUUGAGUGAGUGAGUGAGGUGUGGGCAGCGCGGCGGCGUGUGUAGCCCCAUGCGUUGUGUUGUGUUGAGGGAGCCUGAGGAGGAGAAUGGAGCUUGGAACUGUAGCCCAGCGACUCCUUUUGCGUGGCUCCCUCACCAUGGACUUGAGACGGUGAAGGGGGUGUCAGGAGUCCUCGUGGGGUCCUAAGCCGGCGUGAAGGAGCCGUACUCGGUGCCCAGAAGGAGAGGGAAGGAGCAAAGGAAGAAAACUUGGGAGACUUAAAGACGUCUUCCGCCGCCCUCCUCAUUUCAUUAUACCUGCAUUUGGUGACUUGCUUCCUCAACGAUUUCUUUCAAGUCUAACUUCGCGUUCCCGGAAAAGGAGGAGGAAGGAAGAGGAGAGGAACAGAGAGAGGAAGGCGUCAGUGGCUCCCUUCCACUGAGGAAAUCACCACAGCAGCGUCCUGACGAGAACUGAAAGAUGCCCAUUAGACUGAGAUCUGCCAGAAUGUUCAACGCUGUGGCUAUUGUGUCGGCGCUCCACCUCCUGUCUGAGGGGGGGGUGCCAGUGGCUGAGGGCACCGGGCAGCCGUAUGGCAUCAACCGGCAGGUGGUGGCGGGGGCGGCGCGGGUGGGGCAGUCCAUGGGGGACCUGCGACCCCCUCCAGCCCUUGACCCCCAUCCAGCCCCCGCCCUGAGCCAAGUGGCGGCGACGAGCGGCCCUCCUCUGGACACAACCACUCACCUCAGCCUGGACAUCAGCGUGAGCGGCGCCGCCCCCACGGACACCGCCCUCAGCGACGACCAGGUGGCGGCCUCCCUCCCGGCCUGUGACAACGGCAGGGGCGUGGUGCGCUACGAGAGGCUUCCCGACACUGUGGUGGACGGCAACCCGAUACAGGAGGAUGUGGUGCACAGGUACAAAACUAACACCCAGGUGCGCCUCAAGACCCCUUCGUCAGCCUCCGUCUUGGCUCAGUGCGUUGGGAGGUGCCUGCAGGAUGAGACCGCCCUUGGCUUCAUCAGUCGCUGCACCAUGUUCGAUUACUACCCUGGCAGGAAGAUCAACACCUACAGUACUGCUGACAACCGCUUCACGGAGACCAAGUGCCGCCUGUCCCGCCCGCCCAACCAGUACGCCAAGAUCAACUACCGAGACGACCCGGUCAGCAUUCACUUCAGGGAGGUGUGCUACGCUGCCUCAGUGGUGAAGGCGGAGUGUCCCUCUCGCCUGUACGUGAUGGAGCGUCUCAGGGAUAAUAAGUUCGAAGCCUCGGAUUUGCUCGAGGUGUCUGCUCGAACCAUCGAGGAGUGCGAAGAUAAGUGCCUCAACCAGUACUCAGAGGACGCCGUCAACACAGACAGGACCUGCAGGAGCGGCUACUUUGACAAGAAGAGGAACACGUGCUACCACUCUGGCUUCACCCGCAGGACGCACCCCAAGCUGCUAAAGGCCGACGACGACUACGACUACUUCGAGAACACCUGCCUGACGAAGGACCGCCGCUGCCCGAGGAACAAGCUCUUCUUCAUGAAAUCAGCGGACACGGAGCUCUUCGGGGCCUACGACAAGGAGUACCACCAGGACCUCACCCUUUACGAGUGCGCCGACAAGUGCCUGGAUAGCCUCAAUAUCUUCUGCAGGAGCUUCGUGUACGACCCCCUCGGCAGGAAAUGCAUGCUGAGUGGAGAGGACCGCAUCAGCAAACCCAAGCUCGUCAGGAACUCCACCUCCUCGCAGAAGUCUGAAUAUUACGAGCUGUUCUGCAUGGACGGAGACAAGGUUCGCGGUAACUAUGUGUUCGAUGAUUCGGAUACACAACAACUGAACAACCGAAGGCACCGAGACGUUCCAACCGCCUUCCAGAUGAUCCGGAACACACGACUCGAUCUCGGCUCCGGUUUUCGGAGGUUCAAGGACAUUCCAGGCAGACUGACGCUACCGGAGUGCCUGGACGCGUGCCUGGAGGAGACUGCCUUCGUGUGUCGCUCCGUCAUGCAUUCUGAUAAGUUCGACGCGUGUAGGUUGUCUAAAUAUGACAAACUAAAUGGCCAGACAGUCUAUGACCCUGACUUCACCUACUACGAGAACCUGAUGGAGAACCUGGUGGCGGACCGUCAGCUGGCCGCCGGGUCCGCGGACUUGGCGGUGACGGAAGGGCGCGGACAGAAUGGCACGGAGGCGACGUCCACCACGCAGCGGGAGGACGAGGCGAGGGACGAGGACGCUGGAAGAGGAUCGACUGGAGCCAACAACAACAACAACAACAACCGGUUUCUGGAAGACGACAGAGCUGGGAACGACAGAUUCUUCACCGGGAGAGGAAGCGCAGGAGUCGGAGGCGUCGGCACGGGAGGCGGUGACAGGGACAGGGACAGAUUCGGCGCCGGCAGAGUGAACGACAGAUUUGGAAGCGAUAAUGGAUUUGGUCUGGACAGGGACAGAGGAGGCAACAACACCCCAUUUGGCAGGGGCAGUGACAGAGGCAGCGACAGGGCCUUUGACAGGGGCAGUGACAGAGGCAGCGACAGGGCCUUUGAUAGGGGCAGUGACAGAGGCAGCGACAGGGCUUUUGACAGGGGCAGUGACAGAGGCAGCGACCCCAUAGGCUUCGACAGAGGCGGCUCAGGGGGUUCAUUUGGGACUGGCUUCAAUGAGAACAACCGCUUCUCGCCCCUGCGCCCCUCCACGCCCCUGGAAGACCGCCCUGGAAGGUUCCGCCCAGUGUCCAGCGACAGGGACAUCUCAGGAGAUCGGACUGGAGUCAGUAGGACGUUCGGACGUCAAGGCAUUGGGGCAACAGGCAUCCUGGGCGCCGCAGGAGACUUGUUCCCCGCUGGUGAAGUCUCCCAGCAAUGUUACGAGGAUGGCAUGGAGUUCUCUCUUCGCACUGAUGAGCCGUUCAGAGGGAGAAUCUACACCUACGGGUACUACGACAGGUGCUACACUCGUGGAUCUGGCGGCCUUACCACAGUGCUCAAGAUAUCAGGUGCUAGGGGCGUGCCAGACUGCGGGACUAUAAGGUAUGGAGACACCACCACCAACAUCGUGGUGGUUCAGUUCUCCGACAACGUGCAGACUGCCAUGGACAAGCGGUACAACCUGACGUGCACAGUGGUGGGCCCCGACGAGGCGGUGGUCACCUCGGCAUACAUCGGAGCUGGAUCCGGAGCGCCUACACCCAUUGAGUACCUGCCCGCCGAGAACCAGCUGCAGUCCCAGGUCAAGCUCCAGAUCAUGUACAACGGGCGGCCCACGACGACCAUCGCUGUAGGAGACAAGCUCACCUUCCGCCUGGAGAGUCUGCGCGGCUACAACCUUGUGUCUGACAUUUUCGCGACUGACGUGGUGGCCAAGGAUCCUUUCUCCGGCCGCCAGGUGGAGCUGAUCGACAGCCGAGGGUGUCCCAUUGAUAACUACGUGUUCCCGGCACUGGGCAAGGCGAGGGACGGGGACGGGCUGGAGGCGGUGUUCGAUGCCUUCAAGAUUCCAGAGUCCAACUACUUGAUUUUCGAAGCGACUGUCAGGACGUGCAGGAGAGGGUGUCAGCCGGCCCUUUGUUCCCUCGGCAGCGGUAGGGCGGAGGAACAGUCCUACGGCAGGAGGAGGAGAGAUGCAGAGGAUCCCAAAGCAGUAGAGGGCGAGGAUGACGACGAGGAGGAGGAGGGGCAGAUUCAUGGCAUCUAUGAGGUUCUGCUUUCACGAGACGAGUUCGGAGAGGAGGAGGCAGCGAUGGCCUUCCUGGACGAGGUGUGUGUUGCUCCCGCCGAGUACUACACCCUAGUGAUCGCCCUGGCUGUCACCGUCAUCUGUCUCGUGGGCUCCCUGCUUCUCUCCUUCUUCUGCUUCAGACGCGGCCGCAAGUUGGAUGAGAAGAACGCCAGCGCUGAUGAGGGGAACCCUUACCAGACGCCCUCCAGCAAGUUCUCCUUCCCCGGCAGCCACGCGCGGACCCUCACACAACCCGCCAGGCAGGUCUACUUCCCAAGCGGUCCCACGGCCAGCGCACCGCAGGGGGAGGACGGGGCAGCAACCUCCUCUCGCUACCCUGACCCUUCAGAACCCAUCUAUACCGACCCUGCGCUCUUUGAAAGGUCGCGUUCUGAGUCAUCUCCGCAGCGCCGCUUUGGAGAUGGGCAAGAAUGAUAAUAAACAGGAGGAGGAGGAGAUGAGGAGGAGGAGGAGGAGGAGUCGGGGAGAGAAAACGAAUAACUGACAGAAAUAUAAUAAAUCUAUUGAUAUUUUUCUUUCGGCGCGCUAGAACUAAAGAUAAUUUCAUAUUGGUGCUUCAAAAAUAGAAAUCUGAUGAAAGUUCCUAGGCGCGUGAAGAUCAAGAUCAAGGUUAGUGUCUAGCAGCCACGUGCUCACCUUGCGGGCCCUGUGUUGGUGAGCACGCUGGGUGAACUUUGAAUCACGGAAAAAAAGUAAUGCAAAAUCUGUAUUAUUGUCGUCAUAAAAAAAAAAAAAAAUGGAAAUAAUAUAAUGUAAAGUAACGGAAAAGUGAUGAAAAGAUUAAUAGAAAAUGAUGUAAAAAAAUAUGGAAAGUUUGCGUUCAGAUUUGCUUUUAUUAUUGAUUAAAAGGAAUAAGAAUCUUUCUGAAAAUUAUUUAAAGUAGAAUUUAGUGCCUCAAAAUUACUUAAACCAAUAAUUAUUAUUUUCUAAAUGUAAAUCAAGAAGAAAAAAAAAAUGACUAUAUUUGAACUAUAAAAAUUAACACGAAGUGAGAUCAAAUAAAUCUAAAGAUGGAUAAAUAAACAAAUAAAUAUUUAAAAAAAGAUGUCGAUGAACCACGAGGUACACCAUAACACCACCUAAAAGAAAGAAAAACGGUUCAUUUGUUAACGUGAAGUGACCGCUGGCAUGCCACAAACAUCACCGUUUUCUUCCUUUACCUUCCCUUCGUAUUUUUAAGGUAAUUUUAAGAAAGACUGUUUUUUACGCCGCCAAUAACGAGGCUGGACUAAUGUACCUUUAGGCUGAGUCCAAAUGGCCGCUAGUAAAGACAACCUUCCCUAAUUACAUCAGUAUUAGUGGCGGUAGUUUGGGCUUCCCCUGACGGUAUCAUUUUUCCCGAAAGAACGACGCAAUCAGAAAUUAUUAUAUGAUCAGCAAUUAUUACAACUUUUAUUUGAAGCCUGAAAGAAAUUGAAUUAUAUGGAUUUGUCCUUUUUUUUCAGAAUCACGUGUCCUUUUCAAUGUAUAAUUUGUGCAGUUUGGUGUAUAAAUAUUCUGACCGCGUCGUUUUUCAUUUUAUUUUUUUUUAUUACUCUUAUUUCUACUUUUGUUUAUUUUUACUUGAGUGUUCUGGACCUGCUUGAAUAAACUUUCCUGCUUGUAUUAA